GAAAGUGCGCUGCAGCGGUGGGCGGGAACAGUCUGCAUUUACUUCUGCAUAACCAUAUACCAUAACUCGAUAAAAAUGAACGCCGUUGGAUUUAGUGCUUGUGUUCUUCUCGCACUCGCAGUUGCCGUUAAUGGAAGCGGCUACGGUAGCAACCAAGGCGGCUAUGGCAGCAUCGGAGGCCAUGACGGCAGCAGCUACGGCGGAGGUCACAAGGGAGGUGGUCAGCAUGGCGGAGGAAGCUUCGGUUACGGAGGCGGUGGGCUAGACACCUAUGGCGGACAUGGUUCCCAUGGCAGCCAUGACGCCUACGGAGGCUACGGCUCAUCGGGACAAGGACACAACCGCGGACACACUUCAUUCGGACAACAGCACGGCUUCGGUGAUAAAUACGAACACGGCUACGGCAACGGAUACGACAAGGACUACGCGCACGAGUCCGGCUACGGUCACGGCUACGGUACCGGCGCGAGGCACGGCUACGGCGGCGCGUACGGAGACUCGGCGUUCGACUCCGCCCACGGCGACGACCAGUACGCCAGCUACGGCAUCAGCAACGACCGCGGCGACUACUCGAGCUUCGGCCAACACCAGGGUCCCGUCAAGGGCCACGGCGGCUACGGGCCGGCGAGCCACUACCAGUCGAGUGCGGUCCCGAGCAGCCACUACAGUCACGGCGGGCAACAACAAGGUUACGGCGGGAAGGGCGGUUACGGGCACUAAAAACGCUCCGCCGCUACUCUCGAGUUGGACGACCCGACCCUGGGUUUCCGCGGAAAACGCCAUCUCGAAUAAGUUUUCGGCUGUACAACCGACGGGUAAAUGGUGAAGCUAUACAAUAAUUGGGGGAUGGGCGGGGAGGGGGGAGUACGAGCGUGUCUAAAUCCUCGAUGAAAUCCGUGAAACUCCUUGGAUGAAAAUGUUCGGCGGUUAUUGAAGUGUCGAUGUGACGCACGGAUAAUUAAGUCAGCGGCUGUUUCGCGUCGCUGUGGCGUCUCCGUCGGGAAACUUCGUGCACGUGACGUGGUAGUUGUUUGACGCAUGCGCGCCUCGGCGGUUAUCUACGGGUAUUUACCACAACAACUGUAAUUCUGCACACGCCUACCUAGAACGAACGCACGUAAACACAUAAUCGUGAUGACGUAAUCAGUGAGAAUAUGAUGGCUAGUUCGCAGCUGGCUUAGAUGCACCUAAUACUUCGACAAUAACUUAAAUAUCAUAUAGAAUGGUUUCACGUUGCAACAGGUGGGGAAUGUUAUUUAGCGCAUUAU